AUGAACGAAGAGGUGGAGAAAGUUAUCGCCCAGCCGACAGAAACGGUCGUUCCCCUUCUCGGGCGUAUGAAAUUCGUCACCGCCGCUCGCCACCGCGAACCCGAAGCCCUCCUCGACCACGAGCCGACACUUGGGUACCGUCAUCAAAUAGAGGGUACGGGCGCACACGAAGUCGCACACGAAGUCGGUCACCACCAUACCGGCGCCGCUCACGUACUCCUCCGGGAAGAAACUUUGGUCCACCCCCCUACGAAAGACGACGAUCCCCACCAAGAAGGUUCUCGCCCAGAAGAGAUGAAAGGAUCACACAACGCAUCCCGUGCUCGCAACAGCCCAAGACGGAUACGCGAUACAACCCCUGGCAGCCAAGUCUCCCGACCCGCGAGACGAGACGGGCCUGCUAUCUUAAAUAUUGACAAACCCACAAGACAUCCUUCGCCGAGAGUACAGGCAGAAGCCUUGUUGCCACAGAGUCCAAUUCAUGCCUCGCAUCGAGGCCACCCUCGUGAUGCGGCGAAACGAGAUCGGACUUUGUCGCCAUCAACACGUGUCUCGCCUGCACAAGCCUUGGCCUCACAACCCGCCCUGGUAUCUCGACGUUCAUCGCCGGAUAUAGAAAAGCCUGUUGUGGUUUCCCGCAGAUCUCGUAGUCGGUCGCCGAUUCGCUCUCCGGUACACUUACAACGUUCGUCGCAGCCCUCAGGUCGAUCUCCGUACCGGGAUCAGAUCUACGAUACGGAGCCCUCUCACCCACAACAACGGCAAGAUCAUGGGGACCGAGUAUCGUUUGGCAAUCAUUCGCCUUUUUCGAAUUCGGAGAGAGCGCAUUUGGAACCUCAGACAAGCGGGACCAAGGUUGGUGGCAACAUCCCAACUCAACCGAAAAACCACAGUGCAAGUCCACUUCCACUGCCGCCAUCAGGACCUUAUCAGGGACCGAGGCCGCCAUCUAACCAGCAUCGCGGUCCUUCGCAUGUCUCUUUACUAUCAGCGCCUACUCGUCCUCGACGCGGACCUGGCCCACGUGAAGCUUGGACGGGGUCCCCGCCAGUACGCCGCGGACCUGUUGCACCUUCGCAGGCCCCACCAGCGGGUCCUCGCGCUUCCUUUUCAUCCCCUGUACCAGGUGGCAGUUACCGAUAUCCCACUUCUCGGCAACCCAACACUCCGCCUGUAACCCAACCAUUGGCCCAGAGGGGGAUCAACCAUCUUGCGGGGCUAUGCACCAUCGUACCGGAAGGUCGGAGUCUUCCGUCGCUUCUAGAUCCUGCUGUGGAGAAGCGGUUGGCUCAGCUUGAUGCCGACAAAGAAAAACUCCUUGAGCAAAUCGUGGAGACGCAGAGGUCUAAGCGAGCGGGACUUCGGGACUGGGAUCGACUCGAUCGCGAAAGCUCGAUCUGCGCUCUUAAGAGCGAGCUAGCUGAAGGCCAUCUCCAGCGAAUGGCUGAUGAGAGUAUUGGGGGCGGAAACUUGUUCUAG